UCUCAGUGUGUGUGUAUGGGGCUCGCGCUCUCUCCUCUGUGGCUCGCGCUCCUCUAUGUGCGCGCGCGUGUGACCCUUUCUCUCUCUCUGUGUGUGUGUGUGUGUGGCUCGCGCUCUCCCUCCUUCGGCUCUUUAAUUGGACCGAGGCGUUUUGUCCUGAGCGACGAGCGCGUGGGAGGGAAAUGGGGAAGUCGGCAGGGACGAAGGAGGAAGCGGAGGGGGGGGGGGUGGGCUUUUUGGAGGGGUCCUGCCAAAAGUGCGCCACACGGACGCCGGUCUUUAGCGUCGUCGUCCCCCGCCGUUCAUCCUCUUCUCCUUCCUCCUCCUCCUUCCAUUUGUUUCUUCGGGCGGAGAGAGAGGAGAGGAUGCGCUCGGGGAUUGGCUCUCUCCCGCUCCCUGCUUAGGCUCGCUCUCCCUCCAUCAGCCGCGCUUCGGGAUGCUUUCCUGCUUCGGAGUCGGCAUCAGCAGCAGCCUUGUUCUGCCCAGCUGUACUUUGAAAAGGUUCGGUCUGUUACACUGGACAUUUGCAACACGAGUGCCAUAAUACCUUGCAGAGUAACUAAUCUAAUACUGCACAGGACUAACGCAAUAUUUGUGAAGUGGAAAUUACAAGGAAGCGAAUUUUUUUCUUAUGAUGGAGUUGAAAAUAAAGUCACAAGAAACAGUACUUUUCAGUCUGCCAAUUUACUGGAUUUAUCAUUGCUACCGAAUGGCACUGCUUCGCUUAUCCUGUCAAGAGAAGAGGCCCCCCCAGGAAACUACACCUGUGAUGUAGCAGAAUCAAGUAGAGAAGGAGACACUAUAGUCGAACUUAUACAUAUUUCAACUUCAUGGUUUCAGCCCACAGAAAACUCCUUCAUCAUUGCCACCGUGAUUGUUGCAGCUGUUUUGUAUUUUUCUCAGUCAGUGGUUGUAGGGACAGAAAGUGAGAUUAAAUCUUCUGAACAGGGGCACAGACAGCAAAACAAACACCACAGGUGAGGCCUUGUUUGUUUUUGGAGGUUAGGUAUUCUUAGUUUGGUCAUAUGUUAUGAUAUUUCUUAGGAAAAAAAACUCAGUCCUUCCUAUUAUUUUUAUGAAGGUUCUCAUUAGAAAAUGUAUAAGGAUGUGGGUGAGCUACAAUUCCCAAAAAAACUUGGAUCAGUCCUCUCAAAACUCCCCCAGUAUUCAGUUGGCCAUGUUGGGUCCGUGUGCCAAAUUUGAUCCGUCAUCUGCUGGGUUCAGUGUUCUCUGGAUAAAGGUGAACUACAACUCCCAGAUUCCCAGGGUAAUCACCCCGAAACUGUGCCGUGUUGGGUCUGUGUGCCAAGUGUGGUUCAGAUCCAUCAUCUGCUGGUUUUAGUGUUUUCUGAAUACGGGUGAGCUGUAACUCCUGGAUGCCAAAUUUAAUCACCCCUAAACCCUGCCAGUAUACAAAGUUGGCAGUGUUAGGUCUGUGUGGCAAAUUUAGUCCAGAUCCAUCCACAGAUGGAUUCAGUGUUCUCUGGAUAAGGGUGAACUACAACUUUCAUAUUCCCAGGGCAAUCUUCCUGAAACACCUGCCAGGAUUCACAGCUGGCCUUGUUGAGUCUGUGUGCCAAGUUUAGUCCAGAUCCGUCAUCUGCUGGAUUCAGUAUUCUCUGAAUGUGGGUGAACUAUAACUCUCUGAUGCCAAGAUCAAUCACCCACAAAGCCUGCCAAUAUUCACAGUUGGCCAUGUUGGGUCUGUGUGCCAAGUUUGGUCCAGAUCUGUCAUUUGCUGGGUUCAGUGUUCUCUGAAUACAGGUGAACUAUAACUCUCUGAUGGCAAGGUCAAUCACCCCAAGUUGGCCACGUUGGGUCUGUGUGCCAAAUUUGGUCCAGAGCAUUCAUUGGUGGGGUUCAGAGGGCUUAAGGAAUACAGGUGAACUAUAACUCCCAAAGUUCUUUCUUUUCUUUUUCUUUCCUUUCUUCCUUCUUUCCUUCCUCCUUCCUCCUUCCCUUACAUUCUGUUCUUUCCUUCUUUUGUCUUCCCUUCCCUUCUUUUGUCUUUCCUUCCUUCUCUUUCCUCCCUCCCUCCAUUCUCUUCCACCCUUCCUUCCUUCCAUCCUUCUCUUUCUCCCUCCUCUUUUUCCUUCCCCCUUUCCACCUGGCAGAUGUUUAGCUGGAAGAAGACAAGGUAGAGAGGGAACAUGAGGGGGGAAAUUGCUUUUCUGCUGCUCUAGAGACCAGGGCACAAGGGAGCAAUGGGUUGAAAAGAUGAGGAAGGACUUCCUGGGAAGUGGCACAGGCUGCCUGAAAGUGUAGCGGAGUCUCCUUCUCUGGAGGCUUUUCCGCAGAAGCUAUCUAUCAGAAGCUUUGAUUGUGUCUUCUUGCAUGGUAGGGGGUUGGACUGAAUGGCCAUUCUAUAUCAGGAAAGGCAAUAUGGGGUCUCAUGGACACACUUUUUCUCUCCUGUCCACCAUCUCAUCCUGAUCAAGGCCAACCCCUUUGGGAUCUAAAGGUUUCCUGUCUGGGAGGUGUCUUUGAUGGAGGGGAAAACAGAAAAUCCAGAAGGAAAUUGUCCCUGAAUGAAAGCCUUCACUUCUGUAUCGUGUUUGUUGAGGACAUUGGCAGGGCUCUUGGACAUGUUCAUGGCACUCUCUAUAACCUGCAAAACAAUAAUCCACUAUUACAUUAAUAAAGUAAUCACAAACAUAUACUUGUUCCCACAACUUAUAAAGGGUGCAACAAGCAGUAAUAUACAAUGAAACAAAAAUUUACAAAGACACCAGACCUCCAGGUGGCCGGCCAAUUGUUUCUGGAUCUGGUUCAAUUCUUGAACCAUUAGCAAAAUUUGUGGAUGCAUUUUUACAGCCUUUUGUUAAACAAACCAGGUCUUACAUCAAGGACACCAAGCACUUCAUUAAUCUCAUAGAAAAGCUUUCUAUCCCUUCAGAUUGUGAUGACUCAUGGGCCUUGUAGUCCUGUUCCUAGUACUAUUGUGGCAGACGAAGAGGAAAACAUGGGAUUUCCGCCGUUUCAGCCAGAAUCGGAGCCUCUCCACCUGGAGGAUGUUUGUCCUCAAGAAUGUAGCCAAACAGGCCUUGGGCAGAAUUCCCCCCCCGUUUUCCCGGAGGGACAAUUAUAAUAGAGAUAGAGGAGCCAGAGAGGCUAAUCGCCUGAGCCUGAGAAUCGCUGCCAAACAACUAGCUGAUUAGGUCUGCUUCCCUUGGGAAAUUCUAAGGAGUCAUGCAUCUGGACAGAGUUGGGUUUCGCUUCUCGUUCUCUAGGGAAAGUGUUCUGUUGGCGGGAAAACGAGACCCAAUAUAGGUGCUGGUCGCAAGGGGAACUUUGCGGAGUCAAUUGUUCAGCUUGAGGAGAGAGAUCGUGUGUGGACUUCGUAACCCCAGUUCCUUGUUUCCCGGAUCAAGUUUCCAGCCUUGCCUUGUUUCACGGACUUCUUUGGACUCUGUUCAUGUUUCAUGUUUGCCUCGUUUCAAAUCUUUGAUCUAGCCAAGAAUCAAGUUUACUUUCCAGCCUUGUUGUCAAGCUACAUUGGAUCUUAAAGACUCUGUCAUUCCCCACACUAUUGCUUGGCAAAGUGUGUGUUUCGGUCAAGUGGAUUAUAACUUUGGACUCUAAUAUCUUAUAUUGGACAAUACAUUUCUGGACUGUAUUUGACCUCAUCUGAAAGGUCUGCUUCUGAACUUUAUUCUACACUUGUUUUUAUUGACUUUAUAUAUUUCUAUAAUAAAGAUAUUAGAUAGAUUCUGGCCUCUGUGUAAGGUUAUUGGUGCUCUGCAGCCUGGGUCCUGACACAGAUGCCAUUUUAAUAACAAUGGAUGUCACUUCAUUAUAUACCAGCAUCCCUUUACCAGAAGCACGUGGUAUAUGUGUGUACACAUUAGAUUCAAGAAUAAAUCUACACCCCCUAUCCACCUUCUAUUGGACUUAAUUGACAUGGUUCUUGAGAAUAAUUAUUUCAAGUUUGACUAACAAUUUCAUUUCCAGAUUCAGGGUGUAGCUAUGAGAAGUGCAGUCACCCCCAGUAUUGCCAAUUUAUUUAUGAAUGAUUUAGAAACAAAAUCUAUGCUGAAUCCCACACAAAAUCCGGUGUUUGACAGCAUGAUAAAAUAUUGUAGGUACAUAGACUAUGUUUUUGUCAUUAUGCGUAGCCAUCAAACAGCACAAGAACGAUUAAUAUGGGCCAACACCAUUCAUCCUCAGAUUAAAUUUAGGGGCCAUAUCAAUUCAAAUAAUAUAGCAUAUUUAGUAGACAUGUGUAUGAACUUCGUUCUUAUAUUUUCUGAGCACCUGCACAGUCACACAUGCCCUGCCGCCCACCACACCCUUUGAAUUGAAAGGAGGGAGGCGUAGUGGUUCCUUCCUGCUUGCUUGCUUCCUUACUGUUGCUCCAUAUGCCCGCAAUUUAUACAGGCAAAGGUUUUCAAGAAUCCACACACCAAGGCUCAAUAUAAGUUACAUCAUUUUGCCACUUGUGCCACCAAAGGAGUAGUGUAUGUCAUCACAUGUCCCUGUUCUCUCAUGUAUAUUGGCCAAAUGAGCAGGCAAGUGAAAUACUGUAUUGAACAUAAGAGCAAGAUUAGAAACCAUUCAACUGACUCCAUUCUUUAUAAUGCGGAGUCACGAAAUCUUAGAAGUUGUCCUCCCCCCCCCCCCCCCCCCGCUCAAACAUUGAUCUUUGUACCAAACUUUUACAACUUGAAUCUUUCUGGAUUUUCACUCUUUCACACAACACUACUAUUACUUUCUGCAACCCUGUGGAGUAGCCUUUAAAGGUGUUCUUAGAGCAACAAUUAAAACAUCACAAAUUUCAUCGCCAGGCCUCAUGAAGUGUUACUAUAUUAAAUAGCAGAGUCGGCCUCACAGUUUUGUGUUUGCUAUGGAAUGAAACUGAGCAGAGCAUCACUCUUUGUGUAAUUUUAUCUUUGUACUUAUAAUUUGCAAUUUGUAUGUUUGAGGUAUGUGGGGUUUGUGCUAUCAAGAAGUUACUCCUUAGCCACUCUAGUUCAUUCCCUUUAUGUCCACUUUAUUUUGUAAAAUUAGAACUUUUCCACCUGAAGAAGAUGUUGUCAAGGUCCUCCAUAAGAAAGCAUAGAGGAAAAUCUUUGUAUAUAACCUCUUUUGGAAAUUUCCUUUGACAAGAAAGAGAUAAUAUUAAAGAGGACAUCUGCUUUAAAGAGGAAAUCUGCUUAAAGAAACCUGUUGGAAAUUCCUUCCUACAAGAAUGAAAUAGUAACCAGUAUUGUGAAUAUAACAGAUCUAUGUUUCAUUGUAUGUUUCAUUGCUUGUUGCAUACUUUAUAAAUUGUGGGAACAAGUAUAUGUUUGUGAUCACUUUAUUAUUGUAAUAGUGGAUUAUGGUUUUGCUGAUCCAAGGGAAUCCAUUUUCUUUAUAUUUGCUCUCUAUAACAUGCAUGAGACUCUUUUCUUGAGGUGGAAACCUGCUGAAUGAUCAUCAGACAGUUCUCAUGCUGUACUGAAUCAUGUCUGAAUUGAUUUGUAUAUAAAAUGAACCUGAGUCUGUUAUGUAUUGAAUAUAAUAUGACUUGAGUCCAGUUUGUUUAUAAAAAUUCUGCUUAUCUUCAGUGCAUAAGUGGAGACUUGAAAAUGCCAGGUGUUAUUUAUUUUACUUUUAUGACUUGAAAUUUCAUUCUUAUUCAAAAUCUGCUGCCCUGCUCAUUGGGACAGUGUAACAGCCAAUAUCUUGUCAGAACCCCACUAAUUGCUUUGGACAUCAGUGUGAGUGCAGUAUAUAUUAAAGGUAAAGGUUUUCCCCUGACAUUAGGUCUAGUCGUGUCUGACUCUGGGAGUUGGUGCUCACCUCUAUUUCUAAGUCGAAGAGCCGGCGUUGACACCUCCAAGGUCAUGUGGCUGGCAUGACUGCAUGGAGUGCCAUUACCUUCCCGCCAGAGUGGUACUAUUGAUCUAUUCACAUUUGCAUGUUUUCGAACUGCUAAGUUGGCAGAAGCUGGAGCUCACCCCACUCCCGGAAUUCGAACCACCAACCUUUCGGACAGCAAUUUCAGCAGCUCAGCGGUUUGAUCCGCUGUGCCACCGGGAACCUCUACAGUAUAUAUAGAUCCCAUUGUGCAAGGAGGACCCUUCACAUCUAUUAUUAUUUUAUUUAUUAUAUUUAUUUAUACGCUACUUUUUCUUUAUUACCCUUUAUCCAAAGGGGACUCAAAUCUGCUAUGUGAUUCAGCAUUUAGCAUGGGAGGUUAGCCCAAUGCUUGUAGGCACUAUUUCUCAGCACACUGAUUAAGUAAACAGUAUGGGUAGUAAAUACAGCUUUUUCUAUUUAUUUCCUAUUUGUUACUGUUCUGCAGAAGUGAACUGAAAGCCAGUGACUGUAUUGAUAUGUUAGAAAAAUGGCUUUAGUGAAAAGAAAUUACUGUUGACUGUUCGGCUUUCAAAUGCCACUCUUUAGAAUUGUAUUUACAAGUACAGUAUUCUUUCUUCUUUAUAAAAAAAACACCACGCUGCGUCUUUUCUACCUCAUACAAUAUAUAAAGUUAAGAUUCUUGACUAGAAAUGUGCCUGGUAGUUUGUUUAACAAUGCUUAGGGCAGAAGAGAGCGCAGCUGGCAAUAGCGAGUGUACGGUUUUUCCAACUUCUUUUCUUUGGAAGACUACCAAAGUGCAGUGUAAACCUAUGAACCAUCAGCCUUUGAAAUGAACCACUUCUAUAGUAUGCCUAAUUUGACUGCAUUUUUAAAAGACUACCAUGUUCAGCUGAAAUAGAAAAGAGAAUGUAGUAUCUGAUCUGUCUCUUGUAUGGAGAUCUGGUGGCAGAUGAGUUGAACUCUAUGCAGAGUACUUGUAAUUUGAAAUAAAAUCAGAGGUACAGCAACACUUAGUUCUAGAGCUGUAGAUUCUCCUGGUGAGGUACAGCAUUUGUGCGAUUGAGAUGGACAAAGAGAUUGUUGGAAUGCAGCAUCUCUUACCAGCCUCAUGUUGACAUGGAACAUGUGGGGUUGGAACAGAGGGUCUCAUUUUACCAAUGUGAAACCUGGCUGGAAUUUUGCAGAUUGUGUAGUGUAUACUUUCAUGGAGCCACAGGAGUGACUUCCUCUUCAUAGCUGUGAUUAGCACAAACCCGAAUUCUGUAGGAGUUGCAUGAUAACUGCAAAUGUGGUGAUGGAGUUAAGGGUCAGGUGUUAGUUAGGCUAAUGUGCAGCAUCAAAACUGGGUUUAAAAAUUGUGAAAGGAUAGUCUUGCUUGCUGCAUUUCCCCCUUUUUAAAAUCUGUGAUCCUGACUUGUAUAAACCAUAGUUAAUUUUUGUAUUUAUUUUCCAAAUAUUUUCUCAAUUCUGAUGCUCACCCUUUUUGACUAAAUUACCUUCCCAAAAUUAGGGUGUACAUUAGAUACACGUAAUAUGGUAAAUACAUUUUUGGGUUUCAGGGUUUUGAAAAUUGAGGUGUGCAUUAGAUUUGAUUGCACAUUAGACUCCUGUAAAUAUGGUAUUUAAAAGGGUAGUUUUUUCUACAUAUUAUUGUAAUAUACACUAUUCCUUUUAAAUAAUUAUCAAGACCCUUACUGGUUAAAAUUAAAUCGUUUUCUGUCAUCCAGUCCCUACAGGUUUAGGCCUAAACUUACUUGUUUGGUAGGGGAGGCUUACUGUCACUUUAGCAAAUUCCCAUUGAUACUAUUUUUGUGCAAAGAAAUUAAUCAUUGAUGGUGCAGGGAGUGCAAAAGCAAGUGUUUUGGAUCUGGAAACCAAGAAUUAGAAAUGCCACGGCAUAGGUCAUAUGUUUUAUUCAUUUUAUAUAUCAAUGUGGGCUUUUGUCGAAUCCCUGGGUUUUCAAAUCGUGAGAGGCAUGAGGGCCCAAGGUUACCAUGCUGUUUCUAUAUCAGGUUGUAUUAUUGACUGUGAGUAGUGAAUGUGUCUGUUUCUAAGGUUCUAAAUACUUAUGACUGUUGACAAGGCAGUAUUAAUACUGUCUGAUAUAGCAUGAGAAACAGCAAGUACUGAAGGGUUUUACAUCAAGAAAGCUGCCUGUCCCCUACUCCUGCUUAUAACUCUGGUUUUGUAUGACUCUACCUCACUAGGGGCGGAGAAUUCACUUGAACAAUGUGGAACUGCUGUGGAAAGGCAGAAAUAAUUCUGUAGUGAAAAAUAAGUCAGAACUGCAUGAUCUGUAAAUACUUACAAAUAAAUAUAGACUAUAACAUAUAGUAGAGCAACAUGUUUUGUUUUCAUAUAGCAGCCUGCACAUGUGUACCUUUUUUCAGUAACAAUUACCCAUCUUUACUUGAGACUAAUGCGCAAUCGAAUCUAAUGUGCACUUCAAUUUUCAAAACCCUGAAACCAAAUAAAGAAAAAAGUUUUUGCUGGCAAAUGUAAUGCGCAGUGGUAAAAAAGUGCACUCUUUGUAAUUUGGCCAAAAAAGGUGUGCAUUACAGUUGCUACAUGCUUAUAAUUCAUUCUUUAAAAACAAUACUGUUAGAUCAAUAAAAGCUUUCAGCAAUGGAAAAGAAAACCUUGGGGUGCAGCUAUGCUGUAGAAUGAAUCCUCUUUAUCUUCCCUCCUGUGGAAUUCUGGGGUUUGUAAUUUAGGGACACUCAAGAUCCUUCUGGCUGAAAAUAUUAAAAGAUCCUCUCAAAAAUACAAACUCUUGAAUUCUGCAGAAGGCAGCCAGAGGAUUUAAAGUGGGAUGCACACUUGAAGCAGAUGAACAAAGCAGCGGGAACCAAGCAGCCUGCUCGCCAAGCAGCCAGCCAAGGGAGGCUCCCUCAACCCUCUCCAGCUGAAAGAAAAGGACAGGGGGGCAGGGUAGUGGUGAGGACCAGGAGUCAGCUGGAGAUAGGGAUGGAUGCAUGAGGUUGGGCGAAGGAAAGGGAGCCAAGAGAGGAACCAGCAGUGCCUGGAAAUAAAUAUCUCCAAGCUUCAUAAGGAGUGUACAAAGUUUCAGCCAGGCUCCACCCUCUCCAUGUCAAAAGUACUUCCUUCUCUAAAGCUUCCUCAGAGUGGGGAGAAAACUAGAAAUUCAGCCUUUUUAGCAAGCCCCGUAAAAGGCAAAAACAUAUUUUCUGCUGCUCCAGAGAUUAAGACAUGAAACAGUGGUUUCAAAAUGCAGUUAAGAGAUUCCACUUAAACAUUAGGAAGAACUUUCUGAUGAUAAGAGCUGUUGAAUAUGUGUUCUUCAAUAUUUCCUUAUUGGCAACUUUAUAGGCAGAGGCUGGAUGGCAGUCUGUCAGUAGGGCUUUGACUGGAUGUUGCUGCAUAGCAGAAAUGGGGUUGGGCUGGAUGGCUUUUGGGGUAUCUUCCAUUUCUAGGACUCUGUAAAACAAGCACAUCCAUUUCAUUAGUAUGCAAACUGGUUUUCAUCUUUAAUAAAUAGUAAAAUACCACUCUUCCAAAGAACAUUUAAAAAUAAAAUUAUGAUUUAUUAUAGUAAAUGCUUGAUUUGUAUACAUAUUUUAUAUACUUAUAUACCUGGGUCAUGCAGACAUUUCUCUUUCAAAGUGGGGUCAUGAAAGGAAAAAGUUUAAGAAGACCUGAUCUAGAUCCAUUUCAGUUUGGCUUCAGACUGAGAUAUGGGAUAGAGAUACAGUAGCUUUGGUCGCCUUGGUGGAUGACCUAUGUCAGUCAAAAACAAAUCUGAGAAUUGGGAUUAGAUUUGGUUGCACUCUCCCUGAAGACACACCCACCCACCCCAAGACCCCCAAGAUUCAUAAGACAGUAUAGAGUACUUCUGGAUUCAGGGUGACAUGAUUUCACUCUUUAAAUACUUUAAAGGCUGUCACAGAGAGGCCUGUUCUCUGCUGCCCCAGAGAGUGUGGUCAGGUCUAAGUUUUGAAGCUAGAGUAGAUUUUGAUUGAAAUUAGAAGGAGACUCUUAAAAACAAGAAUGGUUUGACAGUUAAACUAAUUGCCUAGUGAGUUUGGUGGGGCCUACUUCUCUGGAUGUCUUCAAAAAGAGGCUGAACCUGCUGGGAAUGCUCUAGCUGGAGAGCCUAUAUUUUGAGCAGUGUGUUGGACUUAGUGGCCCAUGAAGAUCCUUCCAUGCUACUCUUUGAACUUUCAUAAUAAUAAUAACAAUAACAAUACCAAUUUUAUUUUUAUAUCCCGCCACCAUCUCCCCAAAGGGACUCGGGGCAGCUUACAAGCGGGAUCAAGCCCAAUAAUAACAGAUUUAACCAAACAAAAACAUAUUUAAAAAUGCAAAUAAUAUAUAACAAGCUAAUAAUUAAACAAUUAAAACAAUAAAGUAUAAAACCUCAUCAAAAUAAAUCAAAACCAAUCUCAAUAACCGGAACCAAGACUAUAGUGGGCAUAUCAAGAGUAGAGAGGUCAGGGCUGGGCAUGGGCUUGUACAAAAAUAGAUUGUAGGGUCAGGGCCUUUCGGUAUGGAAUAGGAUCUGAGACCAUUCAUCUAAUCUAAAUUCAUAAUAAAAGCGAAAACCCGUAUGUGUGUAUGUGGCACGGAUGUCUGCUCACACAGACAGCCUCUGGCCUCCACAAACAGGCUAUACUUCCCAGGGUUAAAAAUCUAGCAAGUCACUCUUUUCCACUGACAUUGUCAUUACAGCGAGCGCCAUGAAAAUGCAGCCCAAACCCUGCCAAUGUCCUUCCCAAACACUACAGCCCACCACCCAAGGAAUGCUUUCAUUUGGGGAAGUUGUAGUUCACCCUGCAUCAAGUCAGAGCACUGUCACUCCUACUGGGGAAUAUACAGGAGUUGUAGUUCACCUAUACCCAGAACGCUAUGAACCCAAACAAGGAUGGGUCUGGGCCAAACUUACCAUGCAGACCCGAUAUGCCCAGAUUUGACUACUGGUGGGUUUGGAGGGGAACUGGACUGGAAGUUCAGGAGUAGUAGGUACUAAGAUUUAUAGUUCACCUGCAAUGAAUGAGCAUCACACUUGGCACACAGAGCCCCCAUAAUCAAUACAACAUAUUGGAUGUUUGGGGAAAAUUGAGUUAUAGUUCACCUGCACCCAGAUAAACACGGACCCCCAUCAACAAUGCACUAGGAGCACACUUCACACAGAGAAGCCUCAUGACCUACUGAACAUACUGCAGGUAUUUGUGGGAAGGGGCCUUGAUUUUGGGAGUUGUAGUUCACCUCCAUCCAAAGACCACUGAACCCAGCCAAUGAUGAAUCUAGACUUGCCACACAGACUGAACUUGGCACACAGACUGAAUAUUGCCUGCUGUGACUACUGAUAGAUAGGGAAUCUGGAAAUUGCAGUAGUUCACCCCCAUCCACAGAGUACUGCACCACACGAUUCUGGGAAUUGUAGUUCACCCACUCCAAACAGAAUACAUAACAUUAAAACACAAAUAAUACCAUUCUCAAAUGACCCGGGCAUCGCCGGGUCCCCAAGCUAGUAUUUUGAUAAAUCUUAAUUGAAGUUUGUCUGUGAGGGGUUCCUGACUAGAAUUAUUCCACUUAAUUAUGGCAUUUACAUAAAUGUAUACUUAGAAUUCAUUAAGUACUUCACUGUGUCUAUUCUAACUAGGACUGGCAAUUGCAUUUAAGUAGGACAGCUCUCUUAGAUCUAAAAAAUCAAUUAUGUACACAGAAUUAUAUUUACCUUUUUUCUCUCCUUGUCUGUUUUACUUCUUUCAUUCCUAGUCUUCUGUUAUUUUUAUAAACCUUUUUCAGACAUGUAUGAAGAGAAGACAGCAGCAUGACCAUUCUUGUAUAUCUUCAUUUAUAAAUUGUGUUGUCAUAAAUUCUUUUCAGAAACAUUGUCUUAAUAUUAUAUUGAUGUACUUCCAGAAGGCAUAAUUUAAACAUGAUAUGGUGUUCUUCAACUACUAGUUUUGGAAGUGUUACUUUCUUCUGUUUUU